AUGCUGGAAUAUUUGGUGAUAAUGUUUGCAGUCGGAGUCGGAGAGGUGUCCGGCCACGGACGGAUGAUAGAACCUCCGUCAAGGGCCUCCAUGUUCCGGUUUGGAUACAACAACCCUCCGGAUUAUAACGACAAUGAACUAAAUUGCGGCGGAUUUGCGGUACAGCAAGAAUUGGGCGGCAAAUGCGGAAUUUGUGGAAAUCCGUUUAAUGGUACACGGCAUCACGAAGCAGGCGGACGAUACGCUAACGGCAUCAUCAGCGGAAGUUACGUUUCUGGACAGGUCAUCCGGGUAUCGAUACAAAUUACAGCCAACCAUCGUGGCUACUUCGUGUUCAAAGUGUGUCCGAACAACGACGUCAACCGUAUGGCCACCCACGAAUGCCUGGAUGAAUAUGCCUUGGAAUUGGCCGACGGAUCCGGAACGAAGUAUUAUAUCGACGAUCGGUUAGGAAAUUAUGAUAUCGAUUUAACGCUACCCGAGGAUUUAGUUUGUAGCCAAUGCGUUCUGCAAUGGAUGUACCGUUGCGGUAACAAUCACGGCACUGCUGAAAAUGGAACCUCAUGUCUGGGUUGCGGCCCUCAAGAAGAGUUUUACGCUUGUUCCGAUAUUGAGAUAUUGGCUAGUGGCGGUCAGCCUGUAAGCCAAACACCCGUUGCCUUGGUCGGUCGUGUCGUUCCGCUAUCUAUUAUUGGCUCGGGUAUUUCUCUAUACGUAAAUAAACAUGGCCGCUUUGACUACUUCGUGAGAUAUUUAUCGAUUCGACAAGACGUCUUAAUGGCGAAUUCAUUGACUCAAUAG